AGAUAGAAAAACUGGAACAAAACCGGGUGGUCAAAAGAGGGUAUGUGAGAAAAAAAAUAAUGGAAAAAAAUCGAAAAAAAAUGUUUCUUAUCGAGAUAAAAUUGGGAAAAUGAUGAAAGAUCACAAAAUUGCACUCGAAGUCAGAAAUUCAAUGAGCAUUCGGCAAGACGAUGGGAUUUUAAUUGUAAAGGCACCUGCUGACGAAAAAUCGACUGACUAUUGGACGUUGUCGCAUUAUAAAACAAAAAACAUUGAGCAUGUUGAUUCUAAGGACAGAUGGAAACAUGCUGAGUGUUCGAUGAAACUUUCAAUAACCGAUCAGGCAAAGGACCAAGCCAUAUCGAGUGAACUAAAUGAAUUGGUUCAAACACUUUUCGACCGAUUUAUGAAGGAUUCAAAGAAAAAAAUUACACGUAUUUGAUAUGUAAUAAACUAUGUUUAUAAUAGUGGUGGAAAUCAUUUAAUAAAUAAUAAAACUUUAAUUACAAUA